GACACCAAACUCGUGGAUCGCAUUUUACUCCAUCACUUACUUGAUCUCGCGCAAGCAAAGCUAGCCACCGUGUCUGGACUUCCCAAACGCAAGAACGCCCUCUGUGUGAUGCAGUCACUCCUCUGGAGAGAGGCACUGGCUUCCUCCAAGACAAAUGCAGAGCGCUUGCAAACUGCCCAUACAAUGUUGAAUGCACCAGGGUUGUCCCUUGACACUGCCACAAAAAAAAUUAUCUUAUCGCACACCGGGAUGAAUCUUGUGGUCCAGAAACCAUCAGAGAUCUGUGAAAUGGGAGAUAAUGUAGCGCACCCAAAGAGUGUAUCAAAGGAAGCAUAUAAAAGAAUAAUCGCGCGACACACUAUCACUGAAAAUCACGCCGGACUUCAUGCUAUCUUGGAGUAUGUCGAUCCUGCACCCCAGUCCAGCUGA